UAUCGGAUCAGAUCAGAAAUCACUAGUGUCAGUGACGAUUCCGGGAUCUCUCGAGUGUGUUGUUUACCGCCAAGUGUUGCAUUCGUGACUGCAAGUGAAUGAAGAAUUAUGUUUAUAGUGAAUAAAUGAAUUGUGUUGAAAGGAAUUCUAUAUAAAAUUUGGAUGUUGGGGCUCUAAUAACUAUAACAAGUACAUAAAUGGUUUCGUGCGACUAAUCGUGUGCUCAAUCAAAGAAGAAGAAAAGGUGAACUUCCAAAAACAAAAAAUGUAUACAAUAUCCACACAAUGCCAGAGUCCGGCUAAUGGCUUCAGAUUGGCUAAUGCCAUCAAAGUUGUGCUCCUAGUUGUCAUCCUAAUGUGCCAGCAAUGCCAUCUGCAGAGAGUGGAGGUGCCGCCAGAAGCCAUAGUUGAUCCCAAAUUUAGUUCACCGAUUAUGAAUAUGACAGCGCCCGUGGGACGUGAUGCCUUCCUCACAUGCGUCGUCCAGGAUUUGGGACCCUAUAAGGUGGCGUGGCUUCGGGUCGACACCCAGACAAUUCUGACCAUACAAAACCAUGUAAUAACCAAAAACCAACGCAUUGGCAUUGCCAAUUCCGAGCACAAGACCUGGACAAUGCGCAUCAGAGACAUCAAAGAGUCGGACAAAGGAUGGUACAUGUGCCAAAUCAACACGGAUCCAAUGAAAAGCCAGAUGGGUUACCUGGAUGUUGUGGUACCGCCGGAUAUCCUAGAUUAUCCUACAAGCACGGACAUGGUCGUUCGCGAGGGCAGUAACGUGACGCUCAAAUGCGCUGCAACCGGUUCACCAGAGCCGACAAUUACAUGGAGACGUGAAAGUGGAGUGCCCAUCGAGCUGGCCAGCGGAGAAGAGGUUCCCAGCGUUGAAGGCACCGAUCUAAUAAUACCCAAUGUAAAGCGUCAGCAUAUGGGUGCCUAUCUCUGCAUAGCUUCCAAUGGCGUUCCACCAUCAGUGAGCAAGAGAAUAACCCUCAUUGUGCAUUUCGCACCAAUGAUCACCGUACAGAACCAACUUAUAGGCGCCGUCGAGGGCAAAGGAGUGACAUUGGAAUGCGAAUCGGAGGCCUAUCCAAAGUCCAUUAACUACUGGACACGCGAACGCGGAGAGAUAGUGCCGCCAGGUGGCAAAUACUCGGCAAACGUCACGGAGAUUGGUGGUUACCGCAACUCCAUGAAACUGCACAUAAAUCCCCUCUCGCAGGCAGAGUUUGGGGCCUAUAGAUGUGUGGCCAAGAACUCCCUUGGCGAUACGGAUGGCACCAUCAAGCUGUACAGAAUACCGCCCAAUGCCGUCAAUUAUGUGGAGAACUUUGAGGCGCGACACAAGGGCAAAAAGCGGACGAAAAGCUCGGAAAUGUAUCAUCCGGCUCGGGCACAGGAGCACAGCGGCGAGGAUAUGGAGAAUCCUGGCAAGAGAAAAGCCGAUUUGAGUCUCAGUGCGGAGAGCAUUGACAGCAUGUAUGGGGCGUCGUCCUCGGCAGUGGUUCAGCACCAGACCCUGAACCGGCUACUUCUCAUCCUGGUUCUGGCCCUAACGACAACGACGACGGUGGCGACGAUGGCGACGGCGACGGCGACGGGAAUGAUGCGGAAAACCCAGCUGCCAUUGUUGCCACACACACAGACACAUGUUUGACACAGACGCGAAGUUGACAGCCCUGUGGCCACCCCGAACAUGGACUACUUGCCGCUAAAUCUGGAACUGAAGUCGAAGCUGAUGCUCCAGCUGAAGCUGGUGCUGGUGCUGGCACUGGAGUCGCAGCACAAAUCUGUGGAGCUGCGAUGAUGAUUGAGUUUGUCAAUGCCAAAAGUUACUUGGUGCUGAUUUAUGGCUGCGAUGUGGUCGGGUCGGUCUUUAGUUAAAGUUUGUUUGUCAACCAGAUUAUACAUUACACAUACAUAUACUCGAAGAUAUAUAGUACGAGUAUCAGAACGAUGUUAGCUUUUAAGUCAACCAGGCUUCCUAAAUUUCCCCCGAUGAGACGCGUGCAUGUUGAGCUGUUGAGAAUUCUCUAAAUAUUUUAAGACUUAGCCCUAAUCAUAGUACAAGUAUCCAUUGUAUAAUAUCGAAUAUGCAAAUCAAUUACUGCACAUGUACAUAGAGCAGAGCAAGGGAACGCAAAUGCAAAGGAAAUUUGUAAGUAUAUAUCUUUAGGACGGGCUAUUAUGUAUUAUAAAAUUUGUAUAAACCAAAAAUGUGUGGGCAUAAUUAAAGAGACUGUAUGUGUGCAAAGUAAUAGUUAAUUGCAAUUUAAUUAAAUCCUAAAGGUGUAUAAUUUUCCACAAAUAUUCAUAUGAAAUUAGUCUUUAAUGGAAGGAUGGAGAAAGGAUAAAAGCAGACAAGAAAUAUACUUCAAAUAACCAUAAUGAAAAUAUCAACCAAAAGGAAGAGGAAAGAACCUCCGCCAAAUGCUCAAAAAGUUAUCAAUACAAAAUUACCACAAAAAUACAAGCUCAGCAAAAGGCUGUGUUCCAGAAAAUAUCCCCUCCAAAAUGAAUCCAUAGUUAAACUCCUAUAGAACCUUAUCCAAGAGUUUCCACCACAUUUAAUUCAUAUUUAAAAACAAUGUUUCAAUAAUAAAAAAACGCCAUACAUAUCAUUUACUGAAGCAUGCUAAACAUAUUAAAUACUAAUUAAAAACAACAUUUAUCGAUCA